GUCGCAGAAAUCGCAAUAAUCCCGAUCCCUACCGUGCCCUAAUUCUUUUUCUUCUCUUCUCCAUCUGCUCGUGCGGCGGCUGCGAACCUUCUGCCCUAUUCCGGCCACGAUCUCCAACAGGUUUGUACACCGACGUGGUUUAAUUUGGAGAGACGCUCAUUGUUGUUCUCCUUUGUCAGACAAAAUGCAGAAUGAAAGAAGUUGGAUGUAUAACAAGAAUUUGCCUAACCGUCGGGGUUUAACUGAUGAAUUUAUCACGGGCUUAAGGCAAUUUAUGAAUUUUGCAUGUAGUCAAGUUGAGUAUAUGGAUGGCAAUAAGAUAAGAUGUCCGUGUAGAAAGUGUCAUAAUGGUAAAUUUUUACCCUCUGAUAAAGUUGAAGAACAUCUUUGUAGAUUUGGAUUUACCCCGAAUUACUAUAAUUGGACAUCUCAUGGUGAGCCGUUCAUAUCUGAUGAGGAUUAUGAACGAAAUAUACAAAUCUCAGUUAGUGGUGAUCAGAGUUAUUAUAAUCAACUAAAUCCAUAUCAGAGGAUGAUAAUUGAUGCAGCAGGUCAGAAUUUCAAUCCUGACAUGCAUGGUACAAGUUCUAGUUAUCCUCCACCAGUUGAACAAAUGUUUAAUACUUAUACAUCACCAUUGGAGGAGGUAGAAGUACCAGGUGUUGAUGAAACCUAUAUUAAAUUUCAAGAAGUGUUGAGUGCUGUUGAUGAACCAUUAUGGGCUGGUUGUGAUACUCACACGAAAUUAUCUCUCACCGCAAGACUGUUGAAUGUCAAGUCAGAGAGUAAUUUGUCGGAAGAUUAUUUUAAUAAGUUUAUUCAAACUAUUAAAGAGGCAUUGCCGCGUGAUAAUAUAUUGCCCAAUGAUUUUUAUAGUAUGAAAAAACUUAUUAAAGAAUUAGGUCUUCCGGUGGAAAGAAUUGAUGUAUGCAGAGAUGGUUGUAUGCUAUAUUGGGGAGAUAAUGCAGAUGCAGAUGUUUGUAAAUUCUGUAAUCAAGAUCGGUACAAGAGCACUAGAAGGAAUCAACACCGACGUAAAUCAUACAGUCAGAUGUUUUAUUUGCCUUUAACUCCUAGGUUACAAAGGCUUUAUGCAUCAAAGGCAACUGCUGAACACAUGACUUGGCAUGCAAAUCAUCAAACAGAAGAGGGGUUAAUGUGUCAUCCAUCAGAUGCAGAGGCAUGGAAAAAUUUUGAUAGAACAUAUCCAGAAUUUUCAAAGGAGAUUCGAAACAUUAGAUUAGGUCUGUGUGCUGAUGGUUUUGCUCCGUUUGGUAAAUCAGGAAGAAAUUAUUCAUGUUGGCCAGUUAUUGUAACUCCGUAUAAUCUUCCACCUGGAAUGUGCAUGAAAACACCCUAUAUGUUUUUAACUUUGGUUGUCCCUGGACCGCAAAAUCCAAAAAAGUUAAUAGAUAUUUAUAUGCAACCACUGAUUGCAGAACUGAAACAAUUAUGGGACGAAGGUUUUCCUACAUAUGAUGUUCAAACUAAUCAGAUGUUUAUAAUGAAGGCUGCUCUUCUUUGGACCAUAAAUGACUUUCCGGCUUAUGGUAUGCUAUCGGGUUGGAGUACCGCUGGGAGAUUAGGAUGCCCAAUAUGUAUGGAGAGAUCGAAGUCAAUCCGAUUGAAACAUGGAAAAAAGCCGAGUUAUUUUGAUUGUCAUAGACAAUUUUUACCACCAAAUCAUAUUUUCAGAAGAAAUAAAGAUGAAUUCACUAUGAAUAAAAUUGAAAGAACCCCUCCACCAUUGAGAUUAACUGGUGAACAGAUUUGGUGGCGAGUAGUUAACUUUUCAUCUGUUAUUGAAGAGCCACAUGGUACAACAUAUGAAUAUGGAAGUACACAUAAAUGGACUAAACGAAGUAUAUUUUGGGAUUUGCCAUAUUGGUUUAGUCAUUUGAUUCAUCAUAAUCUCGAUGUAAUGCAUAUUGAGAAGAAUGUUUUUGAUAAUCUCACAAAUACAGUGAUGGAUAUUAAUGGAAAAACCAAAGACAACUUGAAUGCAAGAAAAGAUAUGCGACUCAUUUGUAAAAGGCCCACUCUUGAUGUCGAUGAAAAUAGUAGGGGACCAAAGCCAAAGGCAGUAUAUACAUUGAAUAAGGAUCAGAGACGUGUUGUGUGUGAAUGGAUUAAAUCAUUAAAAUUUCCAGAUGGGUAUGUCUCUAAUCUUGGAAGAUGUGUCGAUAUGAAAGAAUGCAAAUUGAUUGGUUUGAAAAGUCAUGACUGUCAUAUAAUCAUGCAAAGACUCAUUCCUAUUGCCUUUAGGGAACUCUUACCAAAUUUUGUAUGGGGUGCUAUUACAGAGUUAAGCAUUUUUCUACAUGAUAUAUGCUCCACAGUUUUGAGACAAUCACACAUGGAGAAAUUAGAAAGAGACAUUCCAAUCAUUAUGUGUAACUUGGAAAGGAUAUUUCCACCUUCAUUUUUUGAUUCCAUGGAACAUCUUUUAAUUCACUUGCCAUAUGAAGCCAAAGUUGGAGGACCUGUUCAUUUUCGAUGGAUGUAUCCUUUUGAAAGAUUCUUAUAUCAUUUGAAGAAAAAAAUCAAAAAUAAGGCACAUGUUGAAGCAUCUAUUGUUAAUGCAUACAUUGUUGAGGAAGUGACAACUUUUGCAUCAUAUUAUUUUGAGCCUCACGUUCAGAGCAAAAGGCAAAGGCCAGGAAGAAACGAUGAGGGCCCUAUUGAUCCGAAUUUAAACUCAUUCUCAAUUUUUAACUACCUUGGUAGAUCAAGUGGACCCUGUAAGCAGAGAUAUUUAACUGGUCAAGAAUGGCGGGCAGCCCAUACAUAUAUUUUACUGAAUUGUCCAGAAGUAUCAUCAUUUUAUGAGAUUUUUGAAAACUUAUAUUCUGAUUUAUCGACACAACAGUUUGAUCGCUUAUGCCAAGAAGAAUUUGCACCAUGGUUCAAAUCAUAUGUUCUUGAUAAUCAAACUAACCUUCAGCAAGAAUUUCUAAUCCAUCUGGCAUGGGGUCCAAAAGCAAUGGUACGCACUUGGCCAGCUUAUUUCAUAAAUAGAUAUAAUUUUCAUACUGAAAAUUAUGGAAUGGGAAAAACUACAAUGAAUAGUGGAGUUUGUGUUAAGUCAUCCAAUGAUGGAGAUGCAAGCAAUGAUUUUUAUGGUUUGCUGGAUGAAAUUUUAGAGAUAGAAUAUCCUGGCCCAGAAAUGCGAGUAAUUCUUUUCAUGUGUCGUUGGUUUGACCCUAUCAGAGGGAUGAAGGUGCAUCCACGAUAUAAUUUGGUUGAAAUAAAUCAUAAGAGAUUGUACAAGAAAUAUGAACCAUUUGUGUUGGCACAGCAAGCAAUUCAAGUUUUCUAUGCUUCAUAUCCUAGUCUGAAACGUGACAAAGUUGAUUGGUGGGCCGUUUGUAAAACGAAAGCACGGAAAAAAAUUGAGGAACGUUGGGAGGACAUUGCUUAUCAACAAGAGAAAGUUACAAAUACAUUUGCUUAUCAACGUUGGGAGGACAUUGCUUAUUAUGAUUGCAGAUUAGCAAGUUGAUUGGUAAUCAUCAAGGAAAAGAAGCACGGAAGGUGACCGAAGCUCCUGAGAUAUGAUGAUAUGUAUUUUAUUUUCUUUUGGAUGUCUUGUUACAUUUGUUGUUUGGAUUAUUAUAGAACUUUCAUGUUUGACAUUAUGAGUUGUUGAACUUGUUUGGAUUUUGGUUAGUUGUAUAUAUGAAUAUGAUGUGUUUAGUUUUGGGAUGAUUUGUUUGGAUAUAAGAUAUAUGGAUUAUGGAUGUGUUGGAUA